AUGAAUUACGAGCGCAUGUCAGCCGAGAUACCCACUCUCUACCGGCUAUCUAGGGAGUCCAAAGAGGCCGACCUCCUUAAUGGUCUUCUGGGCUGGGUCCGCAACGAUACCUUUGGAAAAGUGGCUGAAGUUUGUGCUCUCUGGGGUGCAAUCGUUCAGGCCAAUAAGCACCUUGCCAAAGUCGAUCGUACGCUGCAAGCGCGUACGAUUGAACAUGAGCACUUCAAUCUCAAAGAAGUCUUGAAUUCGGAGUUGAAGCAAGCCAAGGAAAUGAUGGCUGCCAUUCCUGGUGGCAGACGUGCAACUACAGUCACUACUGAUGAGGAUUUUUCUCUUGCUAUUAAGCGGUUGAAGUAUCUCCGUGAGUACAAAUAG